AUAGAUAUCUAUAUCUAUAUAUCCUUCAUUGUAUUGACAAUCUCUCUCUGUGACUCCAGCACAGCGUAUAGUAUAUAUUUAGUGAGGACGCGGCCAGACCGGCGCCCCUCAGCAGUCGAGGCACGGGGCGCAGCUGACCGUGCGCCUUCGGGAGCCUUCGGGAGCACACGAUCGGCUGCUGUGGAGACGCGUUGCGUUUGUUACUGGUUCCUGAUGAAAGACCAUCAAAUUAAAUAUGUUUUCUAGGUUCCACCUCAGUAACAAACACUUCAAUUUCACACUGUGAAAUUCUUCUUUUUUGUUCCUUUUCCAGCGUGAUUUGCCGUUGUUAUUUGGACAAUAAGUGACAGCAGGGUGCGUGUUUAUAGUCAUUUGCAUAGUUAUUAAUGGGAGGAGACAAGGCGGACCAAGUGGCACGUGGAGCUGCGCUCAAUUUCACGUCAAUUGGGAUGUAUAAAGUAAAGGUGCGCAGGAACAGGCGUACGCACGGUUUUAUACAUGUGAACAUUUCUGUGCGUACCUACUUUUCCAAUUUUGUGAGUACGCCAUCUUCCAGUGUGAAAGCUGCGCAGUCUUUUAUACAUGAGGCCCCAGAAAGAGCAGAAGGACGAAGACCGAAGACUGAAGCAGGACUAACUUCAGAUCAGAAGAUGAGUGGUUGUGUGGAGGAAGAGGAGGACAGAGCAGAGUCUCUAGUCUCUGGCUGUCUGUCUAUAAAGAGUGACGAGUCCAAAGGUCUUCCUCUACUCUUCAGUAAUGAACCUGGACCCUCAGAGUCAAAACUGACUUCAGAUCAGAAGAUGAGUGAUUGUGUGGAGGAAGAGGAGGACAGAGCAGAGUCUCCAGUCUCUGGCUGUCUGUCUAUGAAGAGUGACGAGUCCAAAGGUCAUUUUCUGAACUUCAAUAAUGAACCUGGACCCUCAGACACAAAAGUUCAGUACAGACAGAGAGCAGAGUCUCCAGUACCCAGCUGUCUGUCUAUGAAGAGUGACCGGUCUAAAGGUUGUCCUCUGCUCUUCAGUAAUGAACCUGGACCCUCUGAGUCAAAAGAGAAGAAGAGGAGUCAUGCUUCUGUGGAGGAGCUGAUGCCCAGAUCCAGAACAAGACCUGGACCUCAGACAGCCAGUCAGACCAGCACUGUACAAAAUAGAGGUCUGCAGGAGGUUGUAGAUGAACAUAAGAUCAGUCUGAAGAAGAGAUGUGAAUGUGUGACUGAAGGAACUGAUGAAACAGGAAGUGGAACCCUCCUCAACAGGAUCUACACUGAGCUCUACAUCACAGAGGGACAGAGUGAAGAGGUUAAUACCCAACAUGAGGUGAGGCAGCUUGAGACAGCUUCCAAGAAGAAGACCCUCCAUGACGCUCCAAUCAAGUGCCACGACAUCUUUAAAGCCUUACCUGACCAAAAGGGACACAUCAGAGUCGUUCUGACGAAUGGCGUCGCUGGCGUUGGAAAAACCUUCUCAGUGCAGAAGUUCACUCUGGACUGGGCAGAGGGCUUGGAGAACCAAGAUGUCAGUCUGGUGGUUCUGCUUUCGUUCAGGGAGCUGAACUUGAUCAGAGAUGAGCAGUACAGUCUUCUCAUGUUGCUCCAUGAUUUCCAUCCAACAUUACAGAAGGUCACAGCAGAGAAGCUCGCUGUCUGUAAAGUUCUGUUCAUCUUUGACGGCCUGGAUGAAAGCAGACUUUCACUGGAUUUCCACAACAACGAGGUUGUGUCUGAUGUCACCCAGAAGUCAUCAGUCAACGUGCUGUUGACAAACCUCAUCCAGGGGAAUCUGCUUCCCUCAGCUCUCGUCUGGAUAACUUCCCGACCUGCAGCAGCCAAUCAGAUCCCUCCUGCGCGUGUUGACAGGGUAACAGAAGUACGAGGCUUCACUGACGCCCAGAAGGAGGAGUACUUCAGGAGGAGAGUCAGUGAUGAAGAGCAGUCCAACAGAAUCAUCUCACACAUCAAGACAUCCAGGAGCCUCCACAUCAUGUGUCUAAUCCCAGUCUUCUGCUGGAUCACUGCUACAGUUCUGGACCACAUGUUGACUACAGACCAGAGAGGAGAGCUGCCCAAGACCCUGACUGACAUGUACUCACACUUCCUUGUGGUUCAGACAAAGAGGAAGAAGCAGAAGUACGGUGAGGGACAUGAGACGAGUCCACAGGAGCUGACGGAGGCUGACGGCGAAGUUCUUCUGAAGCUGGGGAGGCUGGCGUUUGAACAUCUGGAGAAAGGAAACAUCAUGUUCUACCAAGAAGACCUGGAGCGGUGUGGUCUGGAUGUCACAGAGGCCUCGGUGUACUCAGGAGUUUGUACAGAGAUCUUCAAAAGAGAGUGUGUGAUCUUCCAGGAAACCGUCUACUGCUUUGUUCACCUGAGCAUUCAGGAGUUUCUGGCUGCAGUCUACAUGUUCCACUGUUACACAAACAGCAACACAGAGGUACUGGAGGACUUCCUGGGAGAAGACUACAAGCACAGAGAGUCAGACCCAAAGUAUUCUCUCAAGAACAUCUCUAAGCAUUUUGGAAGCAAUGAUAGUCGUGGCCCAUCUUUGGAUGUCUUCCUGAGGAGAGCCAUGGAGAAAUCCCUUGAAAGUAAAAAUGGCCACCUGGACCUGUUUGUUCGCUUCCUUCAUGGCCUCUCUCUGAAGUCCAACCAGAAACUCUUAAGAGGUCUGCUAAGUCGGACAAAGAGCAGUUCAGGAAGCAUCCAGAGAGCCAUCAACAACCUGAAGGAGAUGAACGGAGAUAAUAUCUCUCCUGACAGAAGCAUCAACAUCUUCCACUGUCUGACGGAGAUGAACGACCACUUGGUACAUCAGGAGAUCCAAAAGUUCCUUAAGUCAAAGAACAGAUCAGAGAAGAAACUCUCUGAGAUCCACUGCUCAGCUCUGGCCUACAUGCUGCAGAUGUCAGAGGAGGUUCUGGAUGAGUUGGACCUGAAGAAGUACAACACAUCACAGGAGGGACGAUGGAGACUGAUUCCAGCUGUGAGGAACUGCAGAAAAGCUCUACUUUCUGACUGUGGACUCUCAGAUACUCACUGUGCAGUUGUGGCCUCAGCUCUGAAGUCCAACCCCUCCCAUCUGAGAGAGCUGGACCUGAGUAACAACAACAACCUGAAGGAUUCAGGAGUGAAGCUGUCUGCUGGACUCGAGAGUCCCAACUGUAGACUGGAGACUCUGAGAUUGAGUUGGUGCAGUUUGUCAGAGAUCAGCUGUGCUUCUCUGGCCUCAGCUCUGAAAUCUAACCCCUCUCAUCUGAGAGAGCUGGAUCUGAGUGGAAACAAGCUGCAGGAUUCAGGAGUGAAGCUAUUGUGUGGUUUUCUGGAGAGUCCACAUUGUAGACUGGAGACUCUGAGAUUGAGUUGGUGCAGUUUGUCAGAGAUCAGCUGUGCUUCUCUGGCCUCAGCUCUGAAGUCCAACCCCUCCCAUCUGAGAGAGCUGGAUCUGAGUGACAACAAGCUGAAGGAUUCAGAUGUGAAGCUGCUGUCUGAUCUUGUGAAGAGUCCACUCUGUAGACUGGAGACUCUGAGAUGGAAGACAUGA